CGAGAAAUUAUUCUCUCUCUUAUCUUCUGUUAAAAUCCACGAAUGGGAGCUCCUACCACAAAAUCCCACCAAUAAUAAAGCAGAUGGGAGAGAGAGAGAGGGAAAAAAGCGAAGGAAGAUGAACAAAGCAAGGAGUUUUUUUCUUCUGUCUCUGAAUCCCACCUCUCUCUGUCUCUAAACCAAGAGGUACCUUUUGUUUUGCCAUUUGUGCCUCUUUCUCCAGGACGAAUCUAACAAAAAAAGGAAAAAAGAGAGAAGAUUAGAGAUCACAUAUCAUCAUGGUGCGAGGGAAGACGGAGGUACGACGGAUCGAGAACGCGACCAGCCGGCAGGUGACGUUCUCCAAGCGCCGGAAUGGUCUCCUAAAGAAGGCCUUCGAGCUCUCCGUCCUCUGCGACGCUGAGGUGGCGCUCAUCGUCUUCUCCCCUAGAGGAAAACUCUAUGAGUUCUCCAGCUCCAGCAUGGAAAGCACACUUGAUCGUUACAUGUUACAUGCAAUGGAUGUUAACAUCAGCAAGCAAGCAAAAGAGCAUAAUAAACGAGUUAGUAAUCCUUCUGUUUUCCUGAAGUCUGAAACUGCAAGCUUGAUGAAGAAGAUUGAACAGCUUGAGGCUUGUAAAAGGAAGCUCCUAGGUGAAAGUUUGGAAUCAUGUACAGCGGAGGAACUGCAUGAACUAGAGUUGCAGUUAGAGCAAAGCCUAAGCAUCAUCAGAGAAAGAAAAUAUCACAUGCUAGGGGAGCAAAUCGAUCAACUGAAAGAAAAGGGGAAGAUCCUUUUGGAACGUAAUUCUUCACUACAUGAAAUGUUUGACUCAGAAACUCAGCUACAGCUAUGCGCUCCUUGGAAAGCUGUUUCUGAUGAUCAUGAUGGUCAGAACACGGAGGUAGAGACAGAGCUGGUAAUUGGUAGGCCAGGGACUUGCUAGGUUAAGGGACAAUAUCAAAUUGUCAUCACCAGCAAACAUGUUUAUCGAUUAAAUGCAUAUGUAUAAAUAUAAAUGCUAUGGACAAUAAGUUAAUGGUAUGUCAAAAUGUAUUAUUCUGAAGACCAUGUCAUGGAUCAACCAAUUGUUGCCUAUAUGAUCCUGUGUGAAGAAAUAGUUGGAUGUUUCCUGUCUUUCAAGGUCUGGUACGAGCUUUUCUUUCCUUUUUUUCUUUUUUCAGUUGGAUUUCAAACUUUUCUUUCACGGAAGAGAGUUCUG